AUGAAUAACGCAUUCGCAGAUGCUGAUUGGAAGAGGUGGGCCUACAUGUUUGAAGAAGGUGGCCUUGAGACCUACGAGAGGACCACCAAAGAGUACGUCAUCAAGGAUAUCUAUGACGAACCCGACGGUCCCAGCAAACAUAUGCUGGACAUUCGUGAGGUCCUCGAUGAAAUUAAGGCGAAAUUCUACGAGCUUGAGACUGGGACUGCGGAGUGGGAGGACGAUGUGAAGAAGCGGAUUUCCGCCCACUGGGUCGCUAUGUUACGUCAGAUGACGGUAAGAUCUGUUAAAAUACCAGGUAUGUAA